AUGACUCGUCGUGAGCCAUCAUCCUCUCCCGUCGGCUUGUACAUGCACGCCGCUGCUUCCCGGCAGCCGACAGCGGAAGCGGCAGCCACGGCCGCGCGGCAGCAGCGCCAGGAAUACACACCGGAGCAAUUCACACAGCCGUUUUGCGACUUCAUGACGGAGAAUCCGACGUCUUUCCACGUUGUCGACUAUUGCAAGUCCAGGCUUCACAAUGCUGGCUUCCAGGAGUUGCCCUCUGGGGAGUUAUGGACUGGUAAGAUUCGUCCCGGCGGCAAGUACUGGACGUCUCGCAACGGCAGCGCCAUCAUCGCCUUCGCCAUCGGCCGCGCCUACAAGCCCGGCGACGGCGUGGCCAUGAUCGCCGGCCACAUCGACGCCAAGACGGUCAAGCUCAAACCCGUGAGCGCCAAGCCGGCCAACGCGACUGCCUGUCUGCAGCUCGGCGUCGCACCGCACGCCAACGGCCUUGACCCGACGUGGUGGGACCGCGAUCUAGGCCUCGCCGGGCGCGUCGUCGUGCGCGACCCGGACACGGGCGGCACGACCGCGCGGCUCGUCCGUCUCGGUUGGCCGAUCGCCACGCACCUGUCUCCCGGGGGGCGCUCGGAGACGACGACACCCAUCAUUGGCCUCUCAAGUGCCUACUCGGCGGGCGAGCAGCGGCCGCUCGGCAGCCCAGGCGAGUUCGUGCACGGCCAGCCGCCGGAGCUGGUGCAGCUGGUGGCGGGCGAGCUGGGCGUGUCGUACGCGCAGAUCGUCCGCUGGGACCUCGAGCUGUACGACUUCCAGCCGGCAAGGGCUCUCGGCCUGCGCAGGGAGCUCAUCACCGCGGGCGGUCUCGAAGGUAGACUGUGCUCGUGGGCGGCCAUGAUGGGGCUGCUGGCGGCGGAGGAGCACGACGACGACGACGUCGACGGCGGCGGCUACGUGCGAAUGGUCGGCCUCCUCGACGACGUGGAGAUUGGAGGCAACGGCAGCGCGUUCCUCCCAACCGCCGUCGAGCGCAUGGUGGAAUCGCUCGCCGGAGACGCCGGCCAGACGCCGGGCCUGCUAGGCCGGACAUACGCGCGGUCGUUUCUGGUAGCCGGCGAGGUCGCGUACGCUGGCCACCCCGACCUUGUCGACUCCGAGGGCUGCGCGCCGAGGCUCAACACGGGCGUGGCCGUCAAGCACGAUCCCGACGGCGGCACGGACGCGGCGGUGCUCACGCGCGUGGCGGAGCUGGUCGGCGCUCGGGUGCAGCCGUACCAGGCGCGCGUCGGCGUCGGCCCGGUGCUGUCGAGCGUGAUGGGCUGCCGCGCGGCGGAGGCGGGCAUCGUGCAGCUCGGCGUGCACUCGGUGCGGGCGACGACCGGCGCGCUGGACCCAGGGCUGGGGGUGCUGUUUUAUAAGGGGUUUUUGGAAAAUUGGCACAGGAUUGAUGGUGAAUUUGCGUCCUAG